AUGGCAGAGCACUUGGUUGUGACCCGGAAGAAGCGGUUGAUCGCCAGCUACGAUGCAAAUAAUCUGCAAAACUUUAUCCGGGCACUUGAUGACGAUGGAAAUCCAUACGAACGUGAUCGAAAAACUGGACUCUCGUUAUUCGAGCAGGCUUGCAAGACACCCGGAAAAAGCGAGUACAUCAAAGCGUGUAUUGAGCGUCUACCCAAGGUGAAAAGUGAUUCACCACUUGAUGACAUCGAAGUGAACGCGGUAAACCCAAAUACCAAGCUAUGCCCGAUACAUCUGGCCGCUCUGUCGUGCGAUCGUGAUAAUCUGAACGAGUUGCUGCAAUGCGAAGACGUACUGGUAGACAAAAAGUUCGAGGAUCGAACUGCGCUCUUUCUGCUGUUCGAGCAAAUAACAGAAGAAAAGCUGUUCGAGAAAAUACCAGAGGAAAAAAAACGUGCGGAGGUGCGUGGAGUUAUUACAGAAAACAUUAAACUGUUGCUGCAACAUGAUGCGGAGAUCAACGAACCCAACGAGAAUAACGUUCACCCGCUCGUAAAACUUCUGACCGGUGGCGAUGAUUGGCGUAAAAGUAUCCUAGAAUACUGCAUCGAAAAUCAUGAACUCUGCCUGGAUGCCCGUAACAAGCAGCUUCGCAGCGCGAUUGAAAAACAUUUUCCCGACCUGAUGAAGAAAGUGCGAACGGUUGGCGAGACGGCAGUUAAAUUGCUGGAAUCUUAUAUUCGGCUCCCCAAUCAGGAAAAGUUUAUAUCCGAGUACAGGAAGUUCUGCCCGAAACCAAGAGCUAAACUAACUCAAGCCAAACGUCAAGAAAUGAUCACCAAGGCCCUGCAGAACAGGAAACUACUGGCAAUGCAGGUACUGAUGGUGGACCUGUUGGCCAACGAAGAAUUGAAUGAUCCGGGACCGUGGAUGUCCGAUCUUCUGCAGAUGUGUUGCGCCUACGGCUACGUUGAAGCAGUGAAGUGGUUCCUGCAAAUCAUACCUCGCUCGAACAAGACUUGGAUCAAUAACAACCCGCUCCUCGUGACUUUGGUGAAGCAAAUGGCAGAACGGCCAAAGGACAGCAGGGACGACUUUGUUUCAUGCAUCAACCUACUGCUGGAGGAUGGAAGAUGUGAGAUCGACAAAAGAGAUCCGCUAGAUUGCACAGCAUUGCAUCACGCGGCCAUGCUUAGGAUUGACGAAGCACAGGAACUACUGCUCAAGAAAGGCGCAUACCUGGGCUCUAUGGACGUAAUCGGGAAGCAACCGAUCUCUCAGAUCAACUCGGCCCUACUCGAGCGGCAUCUGGACUGGUGCAUUAAAGGCAACCAACUAUAUUCCACCAACGACUACAAAGAGUACGCGUUGACGAUCGAUUUCCGCAAUUUUAUACCACCCGAGGGCGAGCAAAUAAGCGAGCUGGCUCCGGUGGUGCAGUUGGCCCGUUCGCUUGGCCCCUCCAGGGAACUUCUGCGACAUCCGGUGAUCGCCAGCAUGCUGCUGCUGAAGUGGCAUCUACUGUGCCGGUGCUUCUAUACAAACAUCGUUCUAUGCGCCAGCUUUUUCCUAUCGUUCAUGACCUAUUUGGUGCUUGACUUCCACACGGAUAGCUCGGCUUGGAUCUGGAUUCCCGAACUUAUCUCCUGGGGAGGUUUGGGCUACAUUGUCCUGCGCGAGUUGUUUCAGCUCAUGCUAACCUGGAAGUCGUACUUCAAGUCCAUAGUGAACUGGCUGGAGAUAUUUUUGAUCAUCAUCUGUGUCAUCGUCUUGCUAAGGCCAACUGUGGAACACGGUUGGCGUCAAGUACUGUCGAUCUUAGCUUGCGGUCUUCUGACGGUGGAGUUUGUACUGCUGAUCGGUACGAUACCGUUGCUCCACAUCUCGACGCACAUCAUUAUGCUGAAAAGAGUCGGUGCCAACUUCCUUCGGCUUCUCAUCCCGUACUGCGUCAUUUUACUACCGUUUGGUGUUAUGUUCCACAUUCUGUAUCAAUCACCUCACGCCAACAAAUCCGGACAGACGAAAUCAUGGGAAAACGAUACCUUCGGGACCAACGUAAGCUCUGAGACGACAAUCGCUGAUUCGGCAAAAGAUGAAAAUUCCACCAGUGACGAUAACUCGUUCAAUACCUUCCACGAUAUUUUGCAAACGUUGUCCAAGAUAUCAGUGAUGUUUACAGGCGAGUUUGAAGCGGCCAACAUGCACCUGUACGAGUCGGUCUGGCGUACUGUUCUCUUUUUGGUUUUCCUGUUCGUUGCGUUCUGCGUUCUUUACAAUGUGAUGAACGGUGUGGCGGUUGGCGAUACCGUAGCUAUUCUGGCCGAUUCUGAGCUUACCGGGAUUAAAGAGAAGGUCUUCCUUGUAGCAAAAUAUGAAAGACAGCUGCGUCGACUUAACACCAGGCCCAAAAUAACCAAGCUGAUCGAUUGGAUGAGUUGGAUUGUACCCGUUGAUGGCUUGCGACUAUUUCGACAUGUGGUUGGCUCCAACACAAUAUCAAUCAAACCCUACCAAUCAAACGUGAUCGGUUACUCGGAGCCAGCGAUUGAAGUUGAAGCACAAACGUGUGAAGGAUCUACCGGCACUCCUGAAGAAUUUCCACUGAUGAGGAAGGACGUUGAACAGGGCGUAAUGAGGACAGCGCUUCAGCGUAGAGAAAGCUCUAAGGGGUACGCAAAAAGACUACGCCUCAAACAAAUGGACAAGCAGAUAGUUGAACGUGCUAUUGAAAUCGUAAACCAUCAACAUGAGAGUGCGGUCGAUAAAGGGAGCGAUGGCUUGCAAACGGACAUAAAACUGCAUCAGGACGAGUUGAAACGGGCCAUCCUUGCGAUGCAAGAUGUUCCUCACAUUAAUGGACCACAAUCCCAUGGCACAUUUGGGGUGCUGAUCAAACCACCAGUCGAAAAACAACGAUCGACCAAUGCCAAGGUACAAAUGAGAAUUGAAGUCCGCGAUGAGCUGUACAUGGAAUAG